UUUUUUUUUUUUUUUGUACUGGACUACUGGAGUACCGUAUACAGAGUUCACACAUUGAGGAAGGAAGAGAGAGAAAAAAGAAGACCCACAUCCAAUCCAAUGGCACUACUACGAUCAAACUAACCGCAAGAAAAUCAGUUUCAGCGUCUAUUAAUACUAAAUGGAUUCACGUAAUAUGCUGGAGGUUACUCUAAAUGAGAUUCUUCAUGUUGUCAAUCCCUUGAGGGAGGAUUUGGAGACAAGAAUGAAGAUUAUUGAUGAGUUACAAGAUGCUAUUAGUACAAUUGAAAGUUUGAGAGGUGCUACCGUGGAACCAUUUGGGUCUUUCUUGUCUCAGCUCUUUACACGCUGGGGAGAUCUGGAUAUUUCAAUUGAGCUAUCCAAUGGAUCACAUAUUGCAGUUGCUGCCAGGAAGCAAAAGCAAACUUUAUUGGGGGAAGUACUAAAAGCAUUACGGAGGGCAGGCAGCUUUAGGAGGUUGCAAUCUGUAUCUCACGCCAGAGUUCCUAUUCUGAAACUCGAGAGCAAAUAUCAGAACAUCUCUUGUGAUAUUUCAAUUAAUAACGUGUCAGGCAAGAUGAAAUCUAAAUUUUUGUUAUGGAUCAGCUUUAUAGAUCGCCGUUUCCGGGAUAUGGUUUUGCUGGUCAAGGAGUGGGCAAAAGCGAACAAUAUCAAUAGUUCAAAAACUGGGACCUUUAACUCCUAUUCUCUGUCCUUACUUGUCAUCUUCCAUUUUCAGACGUGCGUUCCAGCAAUUUUGCCUCCACUCAAAGACCUGUACCUUGGAAACAUGGCUGAUGAACUUAUAGGAGUAAGAGCUGAUGUUGAAAGACGUAUUGAAGAAAUAUCUUUAAGUAAUAUCACUAAAUUUAGAAAAGAGAGAAGAGUUAACUGCAGCAGUUUGCCUCAGCUCUUUACUUCCUUCCUGGCGAAGUUCUCUGACAUUAGUACAAGAGCAACAGUGCAAGGAAUUUCUACAUACUCUGGACAAUGGGAAGACAUAAAUACAACUACGAGAUGGCUACCCAAAACAUAUGCCAUAUUUAUUGAAGAUCCUUUUGAGCAACCUGAAAAUACCGCAAGAGCUGUUAACAGCACUCAGCUGAGUAGAAUAGCUGAAGUGUUCACAAACACAUACCGUGUGAUUGCUGCUCCAAAUCAGCCUCGAAAUGUUCUCAUCCCCUCUUUAGUUAGGUAUGAAAUUUCCCAUUUAUUCCCUGGAGCAGUAUUUGGAAGUCCGAUGGCCAAUGGUAGGACCAAUCAAAAUGUACGCCAUGGCACCAGCAGCAGCCACUCAUCCUUGCAGUUUCGGAAGACAAGGCAACUGAGUCACCUCAACAACAACACUCCACAAAAAUCAAAGCUAGCAUUUCAAAGACAAGCUCCUGCAAACAACCAACAGUUUCCAAGGAAUAGACCUCGAAGUCAGCCUAACAGAGUGGCCAGAGAAGUUGCUGUGGCAUCUGAACGAUUAGCUCAAAACAGUUUACAGCCUGGCCAAGCCAACAACGUGGCUUCACAGCAACCUGUUAAGGCAUCUCAACGGCAACCCCAGCAAAUUUGGCGACCUAAACAAUCUGAUAUGUAGCUGUCACAACAUGGGCCUCUUUCCAAUUUGAUUCCGGUUAUUGGGUUAUCACAGCUUCAUGAAAUUUUGUGUCAUUCCACAGUGGAGAAUUUUGUUUAUUUGAGUUAGGAAUGAAAUAGUCUUCAUACAAGAAGUGUUAAAGUAAUAGAGGAUGGGGGUAUUAUUUUUGAGAAGCUUACCCAAUAAUAGUUCAAAGGGUCGAUCGAACAUACCAAUAGCAGCAAAAACUAAUGUUAAAACUUAAAAGUCGAGAAGUUUCUUUUCGCCCCAUGGUA